AUUGAACUAAGAAUAAUUAAGCAUUUUUAGCUAAUUAUUUACCAUGUAUUCGAUGAAGAACGACGUAGAAGACGUUAUAAAAAUAACAUUAGAGGAAAUAAAAACUAGUCACUUAAAAAAAAAAGAAGCUGAUUAUGAGUUAAGCGAACUUGAAGUUAAAGAAAAGAAUGCAAUAAAGAAAUUAAUUGAAGUAAAAUUAAAAAAAAAGAGAGAAAAUGAAGAAACUCUAAGAUCAGCUCAAGAGAGUUUAGAUAUAUUAAUACAAAAAAUAUUGAAUCGACAGAAUAAAAAUGAAAUGUUAAUUAAAACAAUCGAUCAAAAACGUAGAUUGCUUAUAAUACUUAAUCAUAAUACGGAAGAAAAAAAGAAUCAUGAAAAAAUUACAAGAAAUAUGAUGGAAAAAAUUAAAGAAAAAACCGAAUUAGUAGAAAACAAUGCAGAAUUAUUACUACAAAAGCAUAAAUAUGAAAAAUUGAUAGAACAAAUUCAAAGAGAAAUAUGUAAUAUCAAAGAUGAUGUUAGAAAUAAGCAACAAGGAAUUAAACUAGAAAUAAAUGCUUUUAAAACACUUGAAGAAUUGUGACAUGUUUAUUAUAUGGAGAGGAUGACGGCGCUAGAAAUUGCGUAGCCUUGUGAUAAAAAAGUUGUCGGUUACUGUUAAUAUUUUUUUUAAUGAUAAAUAAUUUUUUUUAUUUUUUAUAUACAUCAAGAAAGUAUUAAGUGUAACUUUUUUUUUAAAUAUUUAAAAAAGUUGAUUGUUUUUAGCGAUUAAUUUAAUCACAAAUUUUAUCCCAUGAUUCACAAAUCGCCUUUUGAAAAAUAUAUAAAGAAUUAUAUAGUUUAAACAUUCUAUAUUUUAUUGAUUUUUUU